AUGUCAUUAGAUUUAGAUCUUGAACAGUUUAAUGAACAUUUAAAUGGAACUAGUAUUGGUGUAGAUGAUGUUGAUAGUCAAGAUGCUGAUAUGACAGUAAAUAUACGACAUAAUGGACAAAAUCAAGCUGAAAGACGAGCACAUCAUAAUGCACUUGAAAGAAAACGACGUGAUCAUAUAAAAGGUAGUUUCAGUGAUUUGCGAGAUGUCAUACCAUCGUUAAAAGGUGAAAAGGCUUCUCGUGCACAUGUUCUUAAAGCAGCUACAGAAUAUAUUCGUAAUAUAAAAUCAAAAAAUCUUCUACAUCAAAAAACAAUUGAAGAACUUAAAAGACAAAAUUCUAUAGUUGAAUUACAGAUUCGUCUUCUUGAACGAGUUAAAGAAACAGGGCAAUAUACACGUCAUAUUAAUCAAAAUAAUCAUCAACAACAAGAACAAUUAACAAAAAUAGAAUUAGAAUUAAAUGGAAUUCAAACAACAAGAAAUUUAUUAACAAAUGAAAAUAAUCCAACAAUAUCAUCUCAUAUAUGA